GGGUUUCGGCUCACAGACAUCCCAAGCCCGGAGAAAGCAAGCGGGAAUCAAAUCCAAUCCGAAAGAAACCUGCCCUCUUGUAAUGGCAGAAGGGCAGAGCGACGCGUCCCGGGCCCACCCUGGAAGGAAGGAAAUGUCCGUCUGGGUGCAUGGCGUUUUGUGGGAGAGAGACACAAGCCUCCCCCCCCCCUUUAAUUUAAUGAAAGCGUCUCCAGGGUAAAAACAUAACAGAGUCCGAGGGAUGUCCGCAGGCACGGGACCCCCGAAGCCCCUCAUCGCGGUCUGCCAGGUGACGUCCACCCCGGACAAAGAGUGCAACUGGGCCUCCUGCUCGCAGCUCGUCCGGGAGGCAGCCCGGCGAGGCGCCUGCACCGUCUUCCUGCCCGAGGCCUUUGAUUUUGUCGGCCGAAACGUGGAGGAGACCCUGAAGCUUGCCGAGACUGUGGAUGGGGACCAGAUCCAGCGUUACGCCAGCCUCGCCAGGGAAUGUCGCCUCUGGCUAUCCCUCGGAGGGUUCCAUGAGCGAGGGAGUGAUUGGGAGACCACCGGACGGAUCUACAACGCCCACCUUCUCCUGGACCCCCAAGGAACCCUCGUGGCCGCCUAUCGGAAGACGCACCUCUUUGACGUGGAGUUGGAGGGCCGCGUCUCCCUGAAGGAGAGCGCCUUCACGAAUCCGGGCCCCGAAAUUGUGCCGCCUGUCGACACUCCGGCUGGAAAAGUUGGCCUUGGCAUCUGCUAUGACCUCCGCUUCCCGGAGAUGUCCCUCACUUUGGCCCAGGAAGGAGCCGAGCUGCUUACCUACCCGUCGGCCUUCACCGUCGCCACAGGGACCGCCCACUGGGAGGUGCUGCUCCGAGCCCGGGCCAUCGAAACCCAGUGCUACGUGGUCGCCGCGGCUCAGACGGGCCAGCACCACGAGCGGCGCGCCUCCUACGGCCACGCCAUGGUGGUGGACCCCUGGGGCACCGUCAUCGCCCAGUGCCAGGAAGGGCCGGGCAUCUGCUAUGCUGAGGUCGACCGGGCCUACCUCCGCCACCUCCGGGAGGAGAUGCCCGUAUUUGCUCACCGCCGGCCGGAUCUCUAUGGCCGGGUGGGGGGCCGGCAGACCCACCUCCCCCAGUGACGUCUUCUGCCUGCCUCACCAAGGGGGUCUUGGGGGACUUCUGGCCCGUCUGCCCCCUUCUGGAUUCGCCUUUGCCGGGCUGAAUGAGGGGCCCCAGGAGAGCCACAAACGGAACUGGAGGAAUUAUAAAGUAUGAAGGCCGGAGAGGUGCCCUCCCCAUUCUCUCUCUGUCCCAGGAAAUCGGCUGUCCGGGCGCAAGUCUCGCCCCAGAGGGGCAAACCGGCCAUCCGGAUGUGGGGAAUUAUGCGGGGUCCAUGUGGCCUGAAGGCUGGGCUUUCUGGGAACCCCCCCUGGCUCUCUCUCCUAGACUACCUGGUGAUUUCCCCUCCCACUAAAAAAAAUUAAAAAUCAAUGCAAAUAAAAACGUAUAUGUCUGAACGCUUCUGUUUACUGCAUGCUUGUGGUAGCGUCCAGUUUUACUGUAUUUUCGAAAUCAGAACUGAGCUUCCACGUAAUUCUGCUUUGGAAAAAUUACAGAAGGAUGGCUUUUUAAGGGGCCAGGCCCGCCCACAGCAGGUCCCCGGAAGGCAGCUUCCACAUUUCUGAAAAGUUUGUGUUCCUUUAUCCUCCUGUACUUUAUUUCAGUAUUUUUCCCCCCUCCAUGUUUUGGGGUUGGUAUUUGUUCUGGACGUCGUACUGUAUUCCCCUCUGGUCUAGCAGCCAGGUUUCCCUGCUUUUCACCCAGGUGGGCCCAAGUUCGAUUCGCUUUAUGCUGGAAAGCUAGCUCUCGAGGGUUGAGGUCUUCGGCCGUAGAGCCCAGGGGGUUGGGAGUCCGAAUCCCCACUUGUUCCUCCUUGACAGGCAGGGGCUUGACUUGAUGAUCGAGAGGGUCCCUUCCAGCUCUGCAGUUCUAAGAUUAUUUUCUACGGGCGUCUGUGAAUGUCAGGCACUCGGCAAGCAAGCCGUUUUGGUAUACCUCUGAUUAAUGAAAUAAAUCUUUAAGAGCCACAUGGCUGCAUUCUGGGGCCAGUCUGGAGGUCUCUUUGUGUUAGCACAGCCACAUACCAAGCCCAAGUCAUUUAAGCACGACUGUUAAAAGAUUACACACACACGCACACAGAGGUGAGUUAAGGACCGACCGCUGCCCUCCCUAGAACAGGAGUACCAGUAAAAGGCAGAUGGUUUUUUUUAUUCUUAAUUGUUUUGAGGGGGGAAAAAACAAAGCUACACUGGGUGUUC